AUGGUCCAUUUGGGGAUUUCAACAACACCCUGCCUCCCCGACGCAAAAGUCAGCGAGAGCAUUGACUACGGCGACUUGAUUGACAACGAGCACGAUGAUGUAUCCACAAUUGAAGCUGAAGCUGAAGAAGAAGUUCGAUACGGAUUCCCCCCCCGUGAAUACUACCCUAUACGGAUUGGAGAGAUUCUCAAUCAAACAUAUCACAUAGUUCAUAAGAUUUCCCAUGGCGGCUUCUCUACUGUUUGGCUUGCUGAAGAUCUAAAAAGACAAAGAAAUGUUGCAGUGAAGGUUAUGGUUUCUGACUUUUAUGGAGAAGUUGAAUAUCAAAUUCAGACUGCUUUACAUCAGACUGUACAAGAUAAAUCUCAUUUGGUCUUGUAUGAAGAUGUCUUUCUUCUAUCCAGUCCAGAGACUAAUCACUAUGUCUUUGUAUUCCCAUUUCUUGGACCCAGUGCUGGAUCUAUUGUGGGAGGUCAACUGCCCAUUCCAACUCGGAUGCAUGCUGCUAAACAACUGCUGCAAACAAUUGAGACUCUGCACAAAUCUGGCUUUGUUCACCGAGACAUAAACAGCAUGAAUGCUUUGUGGGGUAGUACUCUCCCUGAGAAUCUCAGCAUAGCAGAUAAAUACAAGAUUCUUGGGAGGCCUCUGCGAAAAUUGAUCCCAUAUACUCCCUGGAAACAAGGUGAACUUGUGAAGUCAAUAGAUUUCCCCAUACCAUUCUGCUCAGAGAAGAUCCACCUGGCGGACUUUGGCACAACAAUGCAGAUUGAUAAUCUAGUGAUGUUGAAUGACAAGGUAUCAAAUGUGAUUCCACCUGAUGACUAUUGCUCUCCAGAGCAGUUUCAUGGUGCCACACCUCACUAUUCCUGUGAUAUGUGGAGUUAUAUGUGUGUCUUCUCAACUUUGUAUUUUGGGUUUCCUCUCUUUCGGAAUUUGAAUAAUGUUGUUGCCUAUUUGGGUCCUCUGCCCGAAUAUCUAAAAGGAAAAUAUCUCUGGCCGAAAUCUAGUAAGGAUGAAUGGUAUGACCAGAACACGACUGCCACCGCAAGUCUUGAGAAGCGAAUUCGAUUUCACAAGCCAGAACUCAGUUCAAUUGAGAGGAAUCUUGUUCUCUCUGUUUUGAGCAAAGGCUUCUGCCUCGAACCCAAACACCGCCUGACUGCAAGCCAACUUCUCCGAGAUCCCGAUUUCAACGCCCUUAUCAAUCUUCACUGUGGCUAG